AUGUUCGAGAUCGACUUUCAGCACUCUUCGCAAACACCUCUCCCUCCAAACCUCCCGGUCGAUCAAGGCAUUCGCAUCCUUCACGAUUUCGAAACCGUCAUACGCCUCAGUCCAGACUGUCGAGGAUGUAAACCGAUACCGCCUCCGAAUGGCAAGAAGAAACCAGCCACUACGAAUACCACCUCGGUAGAUGGAACGCCACAAGAGCAAGCACAGAUGCAACACUACGAAGUGGAAGACGACCUCCCCUUCAUCCCCAAAAAACUCUGGGCAGGAGGCGUCAAAUACGUCGCGGACUUCUUCCCCACCACAGAAGGUUGCGACAUCACCGUACACGCCCCCGGAGGUUUCACAUCUACCAACCACUGGCGGAUCCUGCGCGAGACGAUUCCUGAAGAUGAGGAGAUGCAGUUGGAGCGAGUGCGGACCAAGGACCUGAUGCACGCGGAGACAACAGGAGGCACAGGCGGUUGGUAUGUCCAGAUUGUCAGCGACGCGAGGUGCAGCAGGACGUUUGCGGGCUUUGUGAAGGGUUUCCUCAAGAACAGUCAUCAGCAGCUCCAGAGGGCUUUCAUUGAGAAGUUGCAAGCUACUCGGGCGCAGCAGGGAAGUCGGAGGCCCACCAUCGGAAGGAGGAGAUCGAGCGAGUUGUAG